AUGGUCAGAAACUUGAUCGUCUCAGCGGCUUUCCUCGCAAUUGCCCUCUCGCAAUGCCCAAGCGACUUCACUCAGUUCAACAACAAGUGUUACAAGGUAUUCAAUUACAACAGUUUGACAUGGGCACAAGCCGAUGGAUCAUGCCAAGAUUACGGUGGACAUCUCGCAUCGAUUCACGACAAUGCGACUGACAGUUUUUUGAUUGACUAUGCUCGUCAAGUCGGAGUUCGCACGGCCGCGUGGAUUGGAGCCUAUUGGUACCUUGAGAUCUACGCUGGAAACAAUCGUGACACUCUUCUUUAUACAACCACCAGCUUCAGUCCAUUCAAUACAACCCUCAAGCUCUCAUCGAAUAAUCCACAAAUGAUGAUCCGAAUCAUGACCGAAGACAAUGAUGAUGUCAAUCCCUUUGAGAUCCAUUACUCGGGAACUGAUUCUCCUCUCUACAUCAACCCGACCCCGCCCUCAAUGAUCAAGUCAAGAGCAAAUCGACUCCAC